AUGGAAGGACCGCUCAGCGUCUGGACGAGCUUCAUCAGCGGCUGGCAUUUAUGCUGGGUGGUUCUCGAUGACCGAAACGGCAUCCUCUACCGGUUCAAGUCACAUCAACAGAGGCGGCAACGACGUGGCCUGCUAGCUAAAUUCGCCGGCAUAAAUCUCCUGGGUGCCAUAGUGACGAAAGAUCCCAAAGAACCCAAUGGCUUCUCGGUGGUUUCUGAAGGACGCGAGUACAGGUUCCAGGCUCCAAGCGAGGAAGAGCGCGACACGUGGGUCAUGGAGCUCGAAGAGGCAGUCCUUCGACAGAUGGUCUCUCGUCGAGCUUAUCACAUUUGGGACAGGCGAUACAUCGGGCCCACUCUGGCCCUCGUGAACGCCAAGCUGCAGGACGCUGGACUUCUGUACGAGGAACUGGCAUGCAGUCUACGCGAACUCGACAGUCGUUGGUCUGCUGAGGAGGCAGGUCAAAGAGCGCGAUGGCCGGGCGUCAUACGGGACUUGCUGACGUUCCUUACAACUGCCCGUGCCACCAUGGCUCUGUUUGAAAACCUAAAGGAAAUGAUUCUUCCGGGCCUAUUGGCGCAACUGGACACAAUGCAGCCACGAAAGAAAACUGCCACCAUGCUCAGCCUGCUCAGGACGCAAGCUGCAGGCCUCGCCGUGGACCCGCUGUCCGCGCUGAUACGCCGGAACCCGGAAAUGACCUCAGAAGGCAGCGCUUUGCUCCAGCCGGCACUUCGAGGUUCGCGCUCCCGCCUACACCACCCGUUGUCCGACAUGGCGCACGCUGACCACGUGGAAUUCAUGUCCAAAUUAGCGACAGCGCCGCCAGCUCCACGGCACGCUACCUCACCGCCCACAGCAGCGUCGAUGCAUCCGCGACCCGUGACCUCGGAGUCUCCCGGCUGCAUAUGGGAAGAAGCGGCUGGUCCGGCGGCGCGCGACCUGGCCGAGCUCUGUGUCUCGCUUCCCUUCGGCGAACACCUGCUGGACCUGGACUACCCGUUGUCGCUGCUCCAGCAUCGAUCGUGUCUUCAGGCGCUGGCCGACUUGUUCGCCUGCCCGGAACUGUUCGUGGAGAUCGGCUCGUCGACUCGCGCGUCAGAGCGAAUGCUGCGCGCGCUACGCUGGUACCUGGCCGGUGUGUACUACGUCAAGCGAGGCGAUGACGUCACGAAGCCGCUGGAACCGGUGCUGGGGGAGACGCACCGCUGCUCGUGGUCCCUGCGCUGCGGCCAGGCCGUGGGAGACCUGCAGUACGCAGCCGAACAGGUCUCCGUCAGCCCGCCGCGAACGUGCUUGUACGCCGAGUGUUCGUCCAACGGCAUACGAGCUUUGGCCCAAAUUCAGCCCGAGGCGUUUAGCGUCGGUUCGUACAUACAGGUCCGGCUACACGGCAACGUCAGCGUUUACGUAGGCCAAUAUUCAGAGGAAUACGUGUUUGAGUUGCCUCCCGGAUGCGUACGAGACCUUGCGAGCAAGCCUUGGUUCGAGUUCUGCGGCGUCGUCAAUGUCAGUUGUCGCGAGACAGGCUUUUACGCCAAGAUGAAGUUUAUAUCUAAGGCUCCCGUGCCGGACAGUCAGAGACACAACGUACAAGUCGACGUGUACAACCCCGUCUUGAAUCGGCCCUUCGUGCGGCUGCACGGGCGCUGGGUGGACAGCGUGACGGCCUCCUGGGCGUCCGGGGAGACAAAGGAAAUACUGCACUCAAAGUUGCUGAAGCAGGCCCGGCGGGAACCUGCUGUCGUCAUAGAGGACAAUCACAAGUGCUCUACUGUGGCCUGGAGAGGCAUUACCGAUAUGCUGCACCGCCGAAAGUUUGAGGAAGCUUACAAUAGAAGGGUAAACUUGCUGAAGUCUUCGGCUGAUCCAAACUACCAGCCAAUGCUAUUCAAGAAAGAAGGAAGGACCUUCGUCUACAAAAAUGACCUGAAAAGGAAAUUUGACGAGAUCAAGUAG